AUGAAUUCUGAUCCUAAUCAGACUACUCUUCAGCAACCUAUGUUAUCAAAUGAUUCUAAUUUUGUUAAUCAAAUGUUAAAUAAUCAGAUGUUAAAUAAUCCUAUGAUGAAUGGUGCUUUUAUUAAUUUUCCUCAAUCAUUACCACAAUUUCAAUUUCCAUUUAAUAGUCCAUUACCUUUUCAACAACAACAUUUUCAACAACAACAACAGGUAUGGCAUAAACUUAUGGCACAGAAUAAUGGAAUGGCAAUGAUGGGACAAUUAAAUCAAGGAACAGGAAAUAAUAUUCCUCCACAACAAAUGUUUAAUCAUCCAAAUAUUAUUGGUAAAAAAAUUGAUACUGACAGAGAUUCUGGAAAUGAAAGUACUACUAUGUCUCCAAAUAAUAGUUCUUCAUCAUUGUCUAACUCUCCCACAUCAAUGCCAUCAAGGUCAGAUUCUUUUUCUAUUGCAAAAUUGACAACAGACAAAGAAAAUAUUAAUAAAAAUAAUUGUAAUGAGGAAAAAAAUAUUGAAACAGAAAAAAAUAUUAAAAAAGAAGAAAAAGAAGAAAAAACUAAGGAAGAGGCAACAAUUCAUAUUCCAACACCACUUAGACCAAGUACAUCUUUGACAGAGAUAAACAAUUCUCAAUGUUAUUCUAAAACAGAUAAUGUUACUCCACAAAGACCAAAAGAAUCUCCAAAAGGAAUGUUUCAAAAUAAUAUUCAAACUCCUAAUACGUGUUCAAUUCCUCAACAACAAAUUAUUUCUCCAAUAUUACCAUAUCAAAUGUAUCAAUCAAUGCCAUUACCUCAAAAUACUCCGGUAACCUCUUCAGCUCAUCAUAUUCAACAACAACAACAAUCAGGACCAAUGAAUGGAAUGUUUCAACAACUUUCAAUGCCACAAUACUAUCCACAGAUGCUUCAACAAGGAUCUGGAACAGCGUUAGAUAUAAUGAAUAGUAGUGGAAUGAAUGAAUUAUGUAAAGUUUGUGGUGAUAAAUCUUCCGGGUAUCAUUAUGGUGUUCAAUCAUGUGAAGGUUGUAAAGGAUUCUUUCGUAGAAGUGUCCAAGGUAAAGGAAGUUAUCAAUGUCAUAAAAAGAAUGAUUGUAUGGUUAGUAGAAAUACAAGAACUCGUUGUCAGGCUUGUAGAUUUAAUAGAUGCUUAGCUGUUGGAAUGUUAAAAGAGACUGUUCGUGGAGAAAAGUGUCGUAAAAGAAAAGCUAAGGAAGAUGAUAGGGAAGAAGAUAUACAAGACACAAGAGAAGCAAUGAAUAUUUCAAAUAUUGUUAUAAGUGCAUAUAAAGAAAUUUUUCCAAAUGACAUUGUUUUAAAUGAUAGAAAUAUUGUCAUAAUUAAGAUUAAAGAAUUGCUAAAAAGAAUUAGUAAUUUUGAUGCUGUACCUGAGGCAGACAUUGAUAAACUGAUAAAUUAUGGGUUAAGUGCAUUUUUAAUUCUAAGAACGGUGUUUCAAAAAUCUGAUUCUUCACCAAUUAUUGGAAACAAAACAAUAAUAGUAAAAAAAUUUAAAAAUGGUAUAGAUUUUGAUACUAUAGGUGAAGAAUGUCUUCCAAUAUUAUCAGUAAUUUCAGUAUGUCAACCCCACACUCCAAGUUUAGAAAGAGAAGAUAUUGUAGAUGAGUUGCGUAUAAAGUUAUCAGAAUCUUUACAGAUUCUUUUACUUGCAAAAGACAAUGUAAACAGUUCACUUUCAAUGGAUGUGUAUACUAGAUUAUUAUACAAGAUAACAGAUUUAUAUAAAUGA